CAGUCGCUCUAAGUCAUUAUGCAAAUUGUGUGGCGAAAAAAUCGAAAUGCUCCGAGGAGUUUUCAGUCGUUCCGAAAUAUUUGUGAGGUUGACAUAUCCGCGUCGAAAACAAUCUUUGUGAUUGGUAUGGUGUACACAGAUGGUUUCCAUGUUGAUAAUUCAUAAAUGCCACGGGAGAGCGGGCGUAUCGUCGGGGCGCUGAACGGCGGGGGCGCGGGGGGUGUCUCGCCGGCUUUUCCCGUCAGGAAGGAACGUCUCGAGGGCAAGUCCAAGAAGGAGCUGCGAGACGAGGCCGCCCGAGUGCUGCACCAGGCCGAUCGCGUCGAUUGCGUCACUGAUGCUGGAUCAGGUGUCUCUCCUGAAAAAUUCUAUACCCUUCCGACUCGGAAGAAACAUAAAGAAUUUCAAGCUGGAUCACUCGACAGACGGUCUCUUCGUAGAAGCUCACUAGAAUUCAACCCACUCAAAAAACCUCCAAGGACCUUCGCAGCAGUUAGUACACCGAAUAUAUCUGAGAAAACAUCAAUUUUCGACUUGUUCAAGAAGGAAAAGAAUCCCCAAAAAAAGAAAUCGAACUUACGACGUAGUGUCAGUGAUGUUUCGCAAACUAAAUUAAAAGUGUAUGGACAGGGUGAUAGGCGACUAAAACGUUCAGGAAGUGAUAGUAAAGAGUUAGUGAAAAAAACUGGUGAGAAGAAACAGUUGUCACCCAUAAUCGAAGUAACCCAAAGGGAUGACUACUUUUCAGCUCCAGAAGACGACACAAAUAAAGAGAAUAUUCGUAAUGUACGUGCUCCUCUAAGAAAGAAGAAAAAGGAAAGUAUUACUGAGAAACUCAAACAGUACAUAGAUGAAGUCGAUGAGGAACUAUAUAAAGAAACUGGCGUAAGAGUCACUCUCGAAGAAGUGAAAAAACCCCAGCCCAUUAUCAUUGAUGUUGAUAAGGCAGAGAAGAUUUCCAGUGGUGGCAAAAAAUUCAAACACACUGCUCUAGGUAAAAAACUGAAAUCGAUCACGAAUAGAAAGAACAAGACAAAUGAUGCUAAUAACGCUAAAACGCUAUCCAAGAAAGAAAUCAGAACUGAAAUACAAGCUCCUGUUUCUCAAGAGAACAUAAAUAAAGAUAUCCAGGAUAAUUCUAAUACUGGACCUCUUAUAAAAGCUGCAAUAGAUAACUUGGAACAUCCAAAAGAAUCGCCAAAAAUGAUUCACAGCAGUCAAAAACCAGUGGAGAAAUUACCUCUCACAAGAGGUAGAACUGUUAACAGUAUGGUGAAGAGAUUGAGUAAUGACUCUGGCUCACCACCUCCCCCAAAAACUAGCAUUAUGAUCACACCAAUUGCUUCCGUUCAGCACAAUAACAACCAACCUUUCUCCUACACUAGAAGCAGUCCAGACAAGUAUAUUGAACAUCCUCCUAGUCUUGGUAGUCCAAUAAUUUAUGCCCAAGUAGUAUGUGGUAACAACGGGAAUGGACUUUCGAAACAAACCAUUCACACAACGUACACCAAUGGCAAAAAACAUCCUCAUUCGGACUCGGACGAAGGUUUGGGAGGUGAAGAAAAUCCAGGAUUCAUUCGAUUGGAGAAAUCCAUCACUCACUUCGGGGAUGACAAGCGAAAUAAUCAGUUCUUUGAUGAAGUGGAUAAACAAGAAGAAGAGCGCCCCAUCAAACCAAAUUUUAGAAAUCCAUCCUACAACGGAUACUCGAGUCAUGAGCGGAAAAUCGAACACAAGGGGUACAUAGACUCUUCCUCGAGAGGAAGAGGCGAUGGCAUGGAUGCCAAGAGACGAGAAAGCCUAACUGAACCACACGAGAACGGUUUGUUCUCUGCGAACCUCGCGAACGGUCGUAGCGAUCUUGCUGCAAGGAGAGACCAGCUCGAAUCAAGAAUUAACAGGAGACUCAACGACAACUCUAUACGUACUUCCCCGGAGUACGUGAAGCACUCUUCACCUUCUAAUGUGUACAUUUCCGAAUCUACCUCAAAGUACUACAGAGGGCGAUCAUCUAGUCCCGUAGGUUAUAGCGAAAAGUUUUCAUCUGAAACGAGGACUGACGAGUAUGGUAAACCUCACACGACUGAGUCGAGGUCAACACAAUACUUUGGAGAUCCUAAAGAUAGGUUGGAGUUCGACAAUCGCUUGAAAUCCAGUGGUUACUACUACAACGGUUCCGAAAAUGAGCCCAAAAGUUUUGAUUCACAGCUGAGCGAUUACAGGUCAUCACCUGAAAAUAGGAAAGUUGAAACUAGUCACAGAUACAAUAGAUUGGAAGGCCAUACUUUGCACAAAGAUCGAGCCAUGUACAAAUCAACUCCAGAAAUCCACCUGAGAACUCACCAAGAAGACCACGAUUCCAUCAGGAGGGAGAAAACUGAUUCAAGGGUCAGUUCCAAGUACAGAAUAGACAGGUAUGAUGAUAACGAGAGAAAAGACAAGUUCGGAGACUCCGGGAUCGAGAAUGAUUUUAGGAGAGAUUCGGGAGAGAAUUCUAGAGGAACCCGAUCGCGUAACUCUAGAAGGGAUUACUGCAACGAAAGUGAGGAUGAGGGAUUCGCGAGUUCCUUGCUCAUAGCAAGUGAGAGGCAGCAUACUGAGAACAGCAUCAAUCAAAGGAGGAGAUGGGAGUACGAUUCGGAUCGAACCUAUUCUAGGGAAGAUGAUCCUUAUCGUAAUUUGGAGAGUUUGGAGUACAAGGAGAAAUACAGGUCAGAUAAUUAUGCACCCAGGGAGAGGAGUAUAGAUGAUGGAUCGCAUUACGAUCCUAGGAUAGAUAAGGAUGUAGAAAGGUCUACGAUGAAGAGGAUCGAGAAGAAGCCGCCAAAACCGGAGAAGAAGAGUGGACUAGACAAGGUGAAGUCGCUCUUCACACGUGACAGCAAGAAGAAGAAAGAAAAACAGCAACCUGGCAUGGUCCGAGAAGAAAUUCUGAGAGCAAGAUAUGUCGAGUACAAAGCGAGAGAACCUGUUGAAGAAAAAUACAGAAGAAAAGAUGCCACCGAAACCAGAACGGGUCAGGACUACAGCCAUAGAAGGAGACUUUCAACGCCGAGCCCGAGUCCAACCCGAGAACCUCAACGAAAUGGAAAAUCCGAAUCCAGCCAUGGUAGUUGGUUUAAAUCUUUAGACCGACUAUCCAGAAAGAAACCGAAAGCGGGAGAAAAGGAGGGCAACUUCACUAGCGGCACAGAAGAAGAAACUCCUUCCAAACCCACUCCCACGAAGAGUCUCCGUUUCUUCGGAGACACCGAUAUCGAAUCGAACGACAGCAUUGGUCAGAAAUCAUCUCUGAAACAGCGAUCGGCAACUAACCUCAAAGCGCGAAGCCAAUCCACCAGAGACCUCCAUAACAUAUCUGAAGAGAACAGGACCCAUAAUGGCCUGAAAUCGAGAAGCAGUAGCUACAAGUCGAUGACCAACGUGUCGGAAACCGAGAGGGACGUGAAGGGAUCCCGAUCCAACCUCAAGCCUCCCAUAUCCCCCAAUCAUCACGUCUCUAGGAAUACUUCGUCCAGGCAGGAUAAGGACCGCAGCAGACGAAGAAAGAACGAAGUGAGCUCUGUGGAGAGCUCAACCGAAGGGGACAGCAGCCAGCAGUCUCAGAGGAGUAUCGUGUAUUUACAUGCUGCUACAGUUGGCGACAUCCCUGGUCCUGGCUACUUGAGGAACGGCAGGCGGUCCGCCUCAAGAGAAGAACUAGCGUCAAACAGCUCCAGCCGUCUCCAGCCCCAAGUGAAAACCCUCAGCAGGUCAUUCUCGGUCCUGGCCCCGUGGAGGCCGCGCCACGUCCGCGAAGGCAUUGACAUAGACUACACCCAGUACCCGAAACCCGUCAAAAACGGCAAAUACGAGCAAAAAGUAAACAAGAGCUCGUCCAGCCGCAAAGAUAACUCUUCCACGCUGAAGAAGAAAGCGCAAGAGACCAGGAAGAACCAAGCCAACUCCACGCUGAAGAAGUCCAAGGAGAAUGUGUCGACGCAAGCUCUGAGACGUUCCAGAGAAGAUGUGUCUAAGGGGUCCAGCUCCACCCUCUACAAGAAGAAGGAGAGGCUGCCGAGAGAAAACUCUAGAUACAGUCGCGACAAAGAGGACAGGAAGGUCGCUUCUAAAAGUUUGUCGGUGGAGUCCCUUGGUAGCAAUGGAAGGAAGUAUAGGGAGGAAGGAAGAGAUAUUUCCAGAUCAGUUUCGAUGCCUAGAAAUCCGGAGAAGUCUGCAGGCUGGUUCAAAAUGUCGAAGAAGAACAAUAAAUUGUCGAGUAGCACACAGAGACUGUGAUUGAAUUUAGUUAGGUAUAGCUUGUUAGUUAGAUAGUGAUAGAGAGGCGGAAUUCCACUACAGUGGCGUAUCACUCAAAAUACUAUGUCAAAUGAAAUUCUGCCUACAGUAUACUUCACAUGAUGCUGAAAUGCAAUCAGAAUAGGAGAAAGGAGACUCGUGUUGAUACAAAGUCGUGUUGUUUUUUAUAUUGAUCUAAAUACCAGGAUAUUUUUAUUUCAAACUUAUUUCCGAAAUUGGAAAUUGAGGGCCUAGAUAUCCCCACUUAGUCCAUCUGACAGGAAUAACAUUUAUCGAAAUAUCUUCUGACUAUCUCAAGAUGACGAGUUGAUCUUUAUAAAUCAAAUAUAAUAAGUAUCUUGUAUUUUUGCGGUGUAGAGAUUUCGAAUAAUUCCGAUAUAGCUCUUUUGCAAUAUUUGUUUACAAUCAAACUGCAUCAAAAUUUUAUCCGUUUACAAUAGCUUGCCUUAGAAUUGGUUAUGGAUAAUAUAGCUCCCACGGACUUUCGGAAAUGAGUUUUUAAAUAAUAAACAAUUCUGGAUCACCUUUUUAUGAGAAGGUAUUUUUAUACUUCGUGGCAUAUGAAUGUGGGGUAGUUUUCAAUAAAUAUUGCAGAAUUUUUAUUCUCACUGUUUCCUAACACGACCAGACUUAUCUGAUAAAAUUUGACCAUUCAUAUAUUAAUUUCAACAAUGAACAAAAAUUUGAACGAAUGAAAUCGCACCGUUUCCUACUCAAUAAAUUAAGAAUAUAACUAAUCAAAUUCACCUAUCUAUUUCAAGAUGCUGUAUUUUCACUAGAAGCACCUAAGUAUUCGGUUUUCAAGGACAUAAUUUCAACAACGAGAUAAACACGUUUCAGAUACGCCACUGGACAGAAAAUAGUGCCAUCUUUCAUUAGAAAUGUACCUUGAAGCAAUGAGCAGACUAUUCAUGUCCUUAAUUAUAUGUUCUUCGUGAAUGUAUUAUCUCAAAUGAUCGAUUAAGUUAUGUAAGUGUUUGGACAUUUGAAAAGUUUGACUUCAAGGUAUGGACUUGUUCUCUCACAUUUACUGGUUAAAUUGUGUCCGAGAUGAACCAAUUUAUCUAAUUCACAAAAACGCACGUGCCUUAUAACUUUAAAAUUAGAAGUAAAUUUGAUUUCUCUUUCAUUAUGUCGUACGAAGGCCUAGUGAAAAGGAAAUGGAAUUUUAAUGUUAAGUUUUAAUUAAGGUUUUCGAACGUGAAUGCCAUUAUGUAGGUAUAGGAAGACCUACACAAAUCUUAUCCACAAUCUUAAUUUCAGAAUGCCUACUUUACAUUAGUAUCGAGAAGGGAGAAUGAUUAAAUUUGAAUAAAGACUCUGUUCAAGAUAUUGAGAUAAAAAAUUAUGAAUGAAGUGGUCGUAAAUCCAAAUGAGACACCUCUAGAAACUCUCCAGACAUUCAGAAGCUACAACUGCGCUAUUUCGAAGGCAAUUCUUUGGUGUCUAAUUUAUAUUUCUGACUACUUAUACAGAAGAGAUAUCUUCUCUACAAACUUAAUUUUUGAUAUCUUAAAAAUUGAACUUUGCAUUCGUGGAUCACGUCAUACAUACUAUAUGGCUGAUUCACAACAGAUGGCACAUUAGACGUUUCUGGUGAACCGGACACGGAUCACUUUUAGAAUUUGAUGUAGGGCAUAUUUGGACAUUAUCUUUUCAGCUAAAAUAUUCUCAAUACCAGUUCUACUUGAAAAUAGUAGCAACUUCGAUAUUUCAAAUGGAAAACCCUAUAAAGUGUUGAAAAUGUCGAAUAGUUGUUGGGGAAUUGUAUGUUGAUUCUAAAAGAAAUAUAUAUAUAUAUAUAUAUAAUAUAUAAGGUGUUUCAUUCGAAAAAUCAAAGUUGCUAGUACUUUCUAAUAGAAGUGGCAACACCGCAUCAUCGAAAAUAUUUUAGUUGGGUAGAAAAUGUCCAAAUAUGCUCUCCAUCAAAUUUUAAAAAUUAUCCGUAUUCUGGUUCACCAGAAAUUGCUGAAUGUGCCCACCGUGAGUCAGCCUGUAAAGUGCCGUAGUAUUUCUUUUUAAUUAUAGGUAUAUAUAAACUUUCACUUCGUAAUUGAAUAUUAUGGUGCUAUAUUAGUAAUAAUUUUUUUAUUUGUAAAACAUCUGUAAAUAACCGAUUGUAUUUGUUGUAAAUCUUGGGUAAGGUGAAACCUGUAUUAUUAUGAGUUCAAUUUCCUCAUAAAAUGUAAUAUUGUUUGUUACCGAAACGCCUGUAAUAGAAAUGACUCGUUGAUUUGUAGAAAUAUUGAAAUAACUCCGUUGUCACAAACGUUUUCACUUAACAAUGCAUUUUGUAAUUAUGUGCUACAUAUUAAAUAUAAUAUGAAAAUAAACGAAUUUUAAUACAA